AUUCAACUUGUUUCUGUUUUAGAAACCGGAAAAAGUAAAACUGAGCAUGUUCCUCCUGAUCACAGUCACAGCCAUCCAAUCUUUCUCCUCACGACGACACUUAUAUCUACAUGUACUUUCAAUUUUAGUUAAUUAGGGUUUUGAAUCUGCAUAUCAGAAUCCAUCUAUGAGGCCGAUAAGACUCCCGGAACCGCCGAGCCCAACCAUGGGAGUGCCGGAGAUCUUCGAAACUGGCGCUAACAGCGUGAUAAGACGCGCCGUCGUUAUUGGUAAUGGUUUUCCCGGUUCAGAGAAUCAAAGUCUCGGUCUAGUUCGCGCUUUAGGUCUCUCCGAUAACCAUGUCUUAUAUAGAGUUACUAGACCUAGAGGAGGAGUGAACGAUUGGCUACACUGGCUUCCUGUUUCUUUGCACAAGAAGUUAGAUUAUAUUGUGAGGCAAUUUUAUUAUUACUGGACACGCAAAAAAUUGGCGCCUUCACACUCAGUAAAUGGUGCUGCUGUGGGUUUAUCUACUGUUUUAGAAGCUGAUUUAAAGCAUAUUGUCAACAUGGCCCGUGACAGUUUUGAAAAGGAUGGUCCCUUAUUGGUGGUUGCAUCUGGCAGAGAUACUAUUUCUAUUGCUAGCUCUAUAAAACGUUUAGCGUCUGACAAUGUUUUUGUUGUUCAGAUACAACAUCCUAGGUCAAGUUUGAAUAGGUUUGACCUAGUUAUCACUCCACACCAUGAUUAUUACCCUUUGACUCCUCAAGCACAGGAGCAGGUUCCUCGGUUUCUUAGGAAGUGGAUAACUCCACGUGAACCUCCUGAUGGGCAUGUUGUUUUGACUGUGGGAGCUUUACAUCAAAUCGAUUUUGCAGCACUUCGUGGUGCAGCUAGUGCGUGGCAUGAUGAGUUUGCUCCUUUGCCAAAGCCCUUAUUAGUGGUUAACAUUGGAGGACCUACAGGUUGCUGUCGGUAUGGAACCGACCUUGCAAAGCAGUUAACUGCCAGUUUGCUUAGUGUGCUUGAUGGUUGUGGGAGUGUCAGAAUAUCUUUCUCAAAUAGGACGCCAGAAAAGGUUUCCAAUGUAAUAAUCAAAGAACUUGGAAAUAAUCCAAAAAUUUACAUCUGGGAUGGUGAAGAGCCAAAUCCACAUAUGGGACAUUUAGCAUGGGCUGAUGCAUUUGUCAUUACAGCAGAUUCAGUCAGCAUGAUAAGUGAGACAUGCAGCACAGGGAAACCUGUGUAUGUCAUGGGAUCUGAGCGUUGUAAAUGGAAAUUGUCCGAGUUCCAUAAAACUUUGAGGGAACGGGGAGUGGUUCGGCCAUUUACAGGUUCUGAGGAUAUUUCAGAGAGCUGGAGCUACCCUCCCCUUAAUGAUACUGCAGAAGCAGCCCGUCGUGUGCAGGAAUUCCUUGCAGAACGCGGAUUGAGACUACGGCCAUAGAAUGUGUUUGUAAUUUGUUGUUGUAAAGAUAUUCUCUGACUUUGUAUUUUGUUUCAAAAGGGAAUCCACUGAAGUUAGGUUUAUUCAAAAGAGCUACAGCAAGCUAUAUAGACUUUAAAGUUCUUUCGUCCUUUAUGUUUUGGGCUACAAAACAUGCAAAAUAAAGGCUAGCUCUAAAUACUUUACCAUGUAUCCGGAAAAACUAGAAGUGCGGCUUGUAAUGUAGGAAGAGGCAGAAUUUUCCUUCAGUUCUACUAAAAGGCCUUUCUCAUUGGCAGUUUGGCACAGGAAUUACAUUUUUUGAACAAAUUUUGUAAGUGGGAAGCUACGCUUGAUAGCUUUUUGUAAUUAAAACUGUUAUAUUUGAUUA